GUUAUCAAGGGUAUUUUCCGUGGUGCGAAGCGCGGGGUCAUGACGUCGAAGCAGGGCCGCAACUUUUACAAGGGUAACCGCACAGGCUCGAUGGGACAGCACACAAAGCACGGCAACUACGUCGUUGAUCUGAACAAGGUGCGCACGUACGUGGUGCCCGAUCUGUCCAACUGCGAGCUCCAGGCAUACGUGUCGCACCGCUCA